AUGCGCCGCGACCUGCCGCACGGCGCCACACCAGGGCCCAGUUGUCCGCAGUCGGCUGCCCACGUGUGGGCAGCGAGGAGGGGGAAAAAAAAGCACGUGGGACAUGGGAGCCGGAGCUGGCGCAUCCCGGUCCGGAGUGGCCAUAGCCCCGCAGAGGUGCGCCGCGUGACGCAGAGGGCCGGCCAUGAGGCGCGCCGUUCCUGUCACCCACUGGACGCCACUGCGCCGCAGGAAGAGAGUGCUCUAGUGCGACGAUUCGACUUUUGUGUUCGGGAGUGGUCGCCGCUUCUCCGUGGCAGUGUAGCAGAGCCCGGCGAGCACGCGGCUAUGGCGGCGCACGGCGCGCCCACGGCGUCCGCCGGCGGCCCGGCCAACCACUGCAAGGACUGCGGCCUCUACUUCGACAGCGUCAAGUCGCUGGACGUCCACCUGCACUACCACAAGGAGAACCUGCUCAGCAAGUGGGCCACCACGGCGACCGCCGCCGCCAGGGGCGUCCCUGGGGAGGAGGCCAACAACAACAACCACCACCAGCACCUCGCCGGCACCUCGGCCAACAGCCGGCGGCGGAGGCCCGCGCAGCAGCAGCAGCAGCAGUCGUCGCCGGAGGACAGCAAGGGAUCUCCCGGGCCCGGGCCGCCGAGGCCGCCCUCCGGGGGCUACUACGCCCAGCAGGGCGCGCCUUCGCCCUUCGAGCCCUCGGCGGCCUCUCAGUUCGGCUUCGUGCCCGCGCAGUCGCCGUCCUCGGUCGGCGGAGCCUUCCACCCGGCCCUGCACCCCGCCUUCUCUGGCGGCAGCGGAUCCCUGUUCCCCGGGCUGCCUCACCACCACCAGCAGCAGCAGGAGGCUUCCCCGGGUCCGGACCACUUCGUGCCGGGUGGCGGAGACGUGGGCGUGUCGUCCUCCACGACUCCGUCCGCCUCCGGCCUGCGCUUCCACCCGUACCGCCAGCACGCGCCACCCCCGCAGGCGGGCACGCCCCCGGCCCAGGCCCAGGCGAGGCCGCCGCCGCCCUCGUCGCCGGCGCAGUGCGAGCGCUGCGGCCACGUGUGCGAGAGCGACCGCGCGCUGGCCGACCACGUGGCGUCGGCGCACCCGCCCACGCCGUCCGUGGCCGCCCCGUCGGCCGCCAACGGCGGUCCGGCCUCGGCGUCCUCGGCGUCUGCGUCGCCGAGGCCCGUCAAGACGGAGGAGGAAGCCACAGCAGAGAUCCUCGACCUGGACUCUCACAAGGUGUGCACCGUCAGUCUCUACAUGUCUCCAUCUUCAUCUCUACUACAAAAGUUCCAUUAUGCACAGUAUCGCCACCAGCACCACCAGCAGCAGCAGUUGGUGAUGAUGGACGUGCACGGGCACGGCCACCCGCAGUUCCCACUGCAGCAGCAGCAGCUCACCUUCUUCCAGCCGCACCACUACCUCGAGCUGCAGCAGCAGCAGCACCAGCAGCAGCACCAGCACCAAGCACAGCACCAGCUGCCACAUCACCAGCAGCUCUUCCAACAGCCUCACCACCCGCCCCCGGGGAGCCCCCUGGGGACAGUUCCGCCCACCUCCCACGGUGCACCUACACCCCCGGCACCUGCUGCCGCCUCUUCCCCUGCGGCGGCGGCGGCCUCCGGCAGUUGGAAGGCGAACGAGCUGCGCCGCCCUAAGACGUACAACUGCUCGGCGUGCAACAAGUGGUUCACCAGUUCGGGACACCUCAAGCGCCACUACAACACCACACUGCAUAAGAAUGCUGUCAAGCAGAGUGGCCAGCCCGAUCCUGCAGUGGCUUCUGGUACAACCAACCACCGCUCGGCUGCAUCCUCUCCGGCAUCUGCCCCCAGCCCUGGAGGCGGUGACGAUUCCUUUGGUAGUAGCAGUGGUGGUGGGCGCAUCACACCCCAGCAGCAGCCACCACCGGCUCCAGCAUUAGCUCAGGUGUCACCUCUUCAGCAGCAACAGCAGGCACCGCCCCCUCAACUACUAGGACAACCACCCCCAGUAGCUGGUGGAGGGGCGGGUCUUACACUAUUCCCACACCAGUUGCAUACCUUCCAGCAACAGCAGCAACAACAACAACAACAGCAGCAGCAGCAGCCGCCGCCGCCACAGCAGCAGCAGCAAUCGCAACAGCAAGUGGUGCCGGGACUAGGGACGGAGCAGUUCUACAAACCCCACAGCAAUGGUUGCGGACUCGACAUACCUCAGCAGUCCCAACAGCAACAGACACAGCAGCAGCUGUACCAGCAACAGCAGCAGCAGCACCUUCUUCAGCAACAGCUGUACCCCCAUCUGGCACAGCAUCACCCAAACGCGAACACCCCCCACGUUUCUUCGAGCCUGAGCGCCGCCGGACCACUGCCGACGCUGAUCCCGCUGGCUCGGGGGCAGAGCCUGGCUUCUUCAGGCCUCCCUUCUGGUAGCAGUGACCUGGAAGGCCUGCGGCAGUACCACCCCUUUGACGGGUUGUUCUCACUGCCUGGCUUUGCACAGCUCCACCACCAGCCUACAUCCUUCGGGCAGCUGGUAGGAGCUGAAGGGAACGUGGGGGGGACCGAAACCACCACCGUUACUGCCAGUGCCGACGACAUCGGUGCUGACAUCGACGGCGACGACGGCGACUUGGACGACUCGACUGCGGGGAAGGUCGGUACCUCCUUCUCUGGCAUCACGUCUGGUGGGUGCCAGCUGGACCUGCUCGAGACACCGUACGACGAGCACAAGUACGUCACAGAUGCGAUAGUUCCCGACCUGGGCAGUGAGAUAAAGUUCGAGUCUGAGGAAGUGACCAGCCCUCUGGAACUACCUCGGGGAGAUUUCGACCUCAAGGAGGAGUUGGGUUACGAGCAAGAGGGGAGCAGCCCUGCAGAACUUCCUCAGGUGGGGUUCAACCUCAAGCAGGAGUUAGGGUGUGACCUACCGUCACCGGUACAGACUCCUUGUUCUACUGUGGAAGAAGCGGACAGCCAACAGUUGGAGCCACAGCCACUGCUCCUGAUGCUGACAGCUGCACCUUCUGUGGCAGCACUGGAAGCCGUCGGUGAGGGAAACCCGGUCAGUGUCCCGACGCCACCCCUGGCGAGGAGCACACUGCCGACACAACGGCGACCCGAAACGGUCAGUGGCACGGCCGACUCCACGACGCCACCCGCACUGGACUCUUCUGCUCGCAGUAGUGCUUCGGGGUCCUUCGCCCGCUCCGCGGUGUCCGGUGGCCCCCAGCACAAGUGUUUCGAAUGCCGUAAGGUUUUCAACAAGGCGUGCUACCUCACCCAGCACAACAAGUCGUUUCACUCGGGUCACAAGCCUUUCAAGUGCAAUCGGUGUGGCAAGCGAUUUGCCACGGACGACCUGUACCAGGGGCACUGUUCCAAGCAUGCUGGGGAUAAACCGUACAAGUGUGAAUUGUGCCCGAAGCAGUUUAAUCACAAGACCGACCUGCGCCGCCACAUGUGCAUCCACACAGGUGACAAGCCGUACGGGUGCCACGUGUGUGGAAAGGGCUUUAUCCGCAAGGACCACAUGCUCAAGCACUGCGAGACACACUGGCGCAGAGUCCCCGGAGCAGCUCAAGGUGUGUCUCCACGGCGCUACGGUCAAGUUGUGGUUGCAGCACAAUAAAUGUAAAGAGCAGACACCCGAGCUUAGACUACAUUUACCUGGGACUACAGGUAUCGGACAUUGGGUGUAUGAUGAGGGCUGUCUGCCUCUGACCCCACAAUAUUUGGGAGCUAGAUUACCUUGAACACAAAGGUAUUCUGAAGCUUUUAACAUGUACGAAUGUGGAUUACAGUCUUGGACAUUGUAAAUUAGCUCGAGUCCAUAAUCGACAACGUGCAUCCUGCAUAGUGAUGGCUUUGUCUACGUAGAUUGCAAGGUUGUUGCAAAAAUCCUGCUGUGAUCAGAUGUGCAAAAGUAUAAAACUGCACAAGUGGAUUUUUUUUCUCCUUUCUGAUGGAACAGCAUCUACUUUGAUAUGUGAGGAGAUAUAUCCUUCUAGUAACUUUACUGCCUAUAGGGCUCUUAUGUCUGAGGAAGAUUCUGCACACUGGUGUGGAAACCAAUGUUCCACUUAAGCAUGGACAAGGUUAUACUUAAACUCUAGAUUUUGAUCCGGCUUGCUCACAAGCCAGUGUGUUCCUUGCUUCAUGAGGAGUUACAUACUGACAACAGCAUUUUCUGCUGGCUGUGGAUAAAUUUAUUUCACCUCAUCUGUUCAGGCGAUACAAUUGUAAAUAGUGUCUGCUACUCAGGUGGGACAUUGCGUACCUUAGUUUGUACGAUCUAUACUAUAAAUUGAGAGAAAACAUCUGUCGGGUAUGUGGUUAAUUCCCCAGUGGCAUCAUAGAUUGUGAACAUACCGUUUUUCUUGCUCAACUAGGAAAGUGUGUAUCUUGAAGACAGUUGUGAAAUAAGUCAAAUGGAUACAAAAGUGAUGACUCACAAACAAUAUUGCUGGUGCCCUUUCCAUUCUGAUAAAAUCUUAGUGUGUGUGUGUGUGUGUGUGUGUGUGUGUGUGUGUGUGUGUGUGUGAGGGUGGGUGGGUGAUCACUGACAGAUUAUUUUGUGAUGCGACCAGACGUGUCGAGGACAGAAUCUUGACUUACACUAUGAACUUGUGCAAGUAAUGGUUACUCUAUAGUGAGUUUUCUAUUGUUCCUGUACAUGAGAUUUUCCUAAUAAGUAUAAGGAGUUCAGGCAGAAAACACACACUUUACAAGCUUGUUUUAAAGCUAACU